UUCUUCUUCACGUCCUCGUCAUGAACCCCAGAUUCGUCUCUCACUUCCUGUUCGUGGCUUUGUUUGUCAGCUGCUCGGCACUGACGCAUGAGGAAUGUCAACCGCUACUGACGCCCGUGUCUCUGCACGGCCACGCCACGUUGUUGGGCAGGUUGAACACACUCGUCGGUUACUCUGAUGAUAAACUGUUUGUGGAGAUCCUAAAGAAGACAGAGAGCUCGUGGCUGAACAUCACCUCCUCGACCUCUGACACCAACAUGCUGGAGAUGUUUGAGGAGAACAACAUAAAUGGAAAAUGUUUCAGCGCACAGAACAACCUCACCAUCGAUGGAAACACAGUGACGGCCCAUUAUGCUAACAUCACCACACUGUUCCAUGUGUUGCCAAGCAGCGACAGCGUUGUCGCCUUCAGCGCUAACUCCACCAUCACUGGAGACAUCGACGUCCUCCUGAACUUCUUUAACAUCACUACCACUACUAAACAGGAAGAGGGUGCCAUCCACUCUCUUUAUCUGAUGGGACGAGAGACAACAGCAGCAAACGACUCAGACUUGGAACAUUUCAAAAAACAAGCAAAGUGUCUCGGCUUCGACCAUGAACCUGUCUUCAUCUACGACUCUAACAAAGGUUUCUGUGCAAAGGACAAGGUUGUCUCCAUUGUCUUUUGAAGUGUCAUGUGACCUGUGGGGGCUUGUGAUGGAGGGGGUGGCGCCGACUGCAGUGAUGUCACCUGACCACUCUGAUGAUUGACAAAUGAAAAUAAAAUGAAAAUAUCAAUGAG